UUUUUAAGACCUCACUCUUUACUUCUCCUUAUCUCCGCCUCUUAGGGUUUCUAUCGUCAACCAUGGCCGACGAAUCUCAAUACUCCAACAAGCGCAAAUACGAAGAGCAAACCGCUCCUCCUCCUCCUCCUCCGUCGACUCGUCGACCCACCGGCUUCUCCUCCGGUCCGAUCCCAUCCGCUUCUCCCGAUCCCUCCGCCGUCCCCCCGCCGUCUUCCUACAACAGCGUCCCUCCUCCCAUGGACGAGAUCCAGAUCGCCAAACAGAAGGCGCAGGAGAUCGCCGCUCGUCUCCUCAACAGCGCCGACGCGAAGCGUCCCCGCGUCGAUAACGCCUCCUCUUACGAUUACGGCGGCGACAAGGGGUUUAGCUCUUCGUACUCUUCUGAGGGGAGGCAGAUGUCGAACACGUCUUCGAUACCUGUUUCGUACGGUAGCUUCACGGCGACUACGAAGAAGAUUGAUAUUCCGAAUAUGAGAGUUGGAGUUAUUAUUGGUAAAGGUGGGGAGACGAUUAAGUCUCUUCAGCUUCAGUCUGGAGCCAAGAUUCAGGUUACGAGAGAUAUGGAUGCUGACCCUAAUGCUCCUACCAGGACUGUUGACCUUACCGGCACGCCGGAUCAGAUCUCUAGGGCUGAGGAGUUGAUCAAUGAAGUCCUUCAAGAUGCUGAGACAGGUGGCGGAGCAGGUUCAGGUGGAGGCGGCUCUCGUAGGAUGGGUGGACAGCCGGGAGCUGAUCAGUUUGUUAUGAAGAUUCCUAAUAACAAGGUUGGUUUGGUGAUUGGUAAAGGAGGUGAGACAAUCAAGUCUAUGCAAGCUAAUACUGGAGCUCGUAUUCAGGUUAUUCCUUUGCAUUUGCCCCCUGGAGACCCUACUCCAGAGAGAACUUUGCAGAUUGAUGGGACCACCGAUCAGAUUGAACAUGCUAAGCAAUUAGUUAAUGAAAUUCUCAGUGGCGAGAACCGUAUGAGAAAUUCAUCAAUGGGUGGAGGCUAUCAACAACAGGGUUAUCAAGCCCGCCCACCAUCAAGCUGGGCACCACCUAGUGGUCCGCCAGCACAGGCUGGUUAUGGUUACAUGCAACAGGGAGCAUAUCCGGGUCCACCUCAGUAUGGUCAGUCACCUUACGGAAGUUACCCUCAACAAACUUCAGCUGGCUACCCUCAACAAGGUGAUUAUGAUUAUUACGGUCAGCAGCAGUCACAGGCACCAAACGCUGGGGGAAGCUCAGCUCCACCAACAGACCCGUACAGUUACUACCAGAAUGCUUCUGGUUAUGGCCAAGCUGGUCAGGGAUACCAGCAAGAUGGGUAUGGAGGUUAUAAUGCCUCGCAGCAAUCAGGAUAUGGCCAAGCUGGGUAUGACCAGCAACAGGGUGGUUACGGCAGCACCGCGAACCCGGGUCAAGAGGAAGAUACAUCUCAAGCCGCUCCGGCAUCGUCGGCUCCAACUGGUGAAGAGCCUACUCAAGGUAGCACUGGUCAAGCAGGGUAUGGAGCUGCUCCGACUUCUCAAGCUGGUUACAGCAGCCUGCCACCAACGGCGUACAGUUCUGGAUAUGGAGCACCACCACCGGCUGGGAAACCACCGGCUUAUGCUCAGAACCAGCAGUCUCCUGGUGCUCCUGGAAGCUAUGGGUAUGCACAACCAGCUGCAUCGGGUUAUGGACAGCCUCCAGCAUAUGGGUAUGGCCAAGCACCUCAGGGAUAUGGGUCUUAUGGAGGAUACGCACAACCUCCUGCUGCUGGCGGUUACUCUUCUGAUGGAUCUGCUGGAACUACUGCCCCUGGUGGUGGUGGUGGUACGCCGGCUUCGCAGACUGCUCCACCUGCUGGACCGCCUAAGGCAUCCCCAAAGAGUUGAUGAUGUUUAUGGAUAGAUUCCACCUGUUAUACAAUACAUGCUUCCCUUCUCUUUUUUUUUUUUUUUGGGUUUUUCUGAGGAUUUCAUAAUGUUUGUUCUUGACGUUUUUAGUUUAAACUUUCCUUUUAUGUUUGAGAUAAUGGUUUAUGUUACUUUGGGUCCGCUGUCUACUUAUAGUUGAUUACACAAACUA